AGCUUCCCCGAGUCCCGGCCGAUAUAGCUGACUGAUUAACCGCACAUAAACCCGGACGUAGGAAACGAAGAUUUUACCGAUUUCAACGGGUCAACAGUCACAACCAUCUUCAUCCCAGCAGACGGACUGUCACGUGCCGAGAAGGCUAGGAGGUAACAGCACUACAGCAGCAGCAUGGUGAAGAAGGCCUCCUGCGGCCUGGAUUUUCCAGCGGGGACCGACAUCAGGACUUCGCUCAACUUCGCAUCCGAAAACGGAUAUUCAUUUAUUUCGUUACCUAUCGCACACCCAAGAUAUAAACGGGAUUUAUCAAAAGGGCGUGCAGAUCCUGCAUAUCUCGCCUUUACCAGGUCUGAUCUAUUACUGUCUUGCCAAGAUUGGAAUUACAUGGUAAUCGGGAAAAUCAGCGAUUAUAUAGAUGUGGACAGCUCGUGCGAGGAAGUACGCAAGGAAAGCGAGGAAAUCUUUCUCCAGGAAUUCAUGUACGCUUUACAUCUCGGCCUACCUGCUGUGACUUUGACGCUAGACUCCCAACCGAAGCCAAACUUGGCAAGACUCAUUUACAAUCAAUCCAUCCAUGAAUAUCAGAUAUCAAUUUGGAUUCAUGUCCCAAUGGUUAGUCCACAAGUUUUGGCCGACGAUUACAGACAGGAUAAAAUUUGUGAUGAUUCCGACCCAUGGGAUUGGUGGAACAAUUUUAAAUUAAUGUGCAACUCGGAUAAACGUUUAGGCGUAGCUUUGCAAGUUACUGCUGACCUUCCGUCAGAAGAAGUUAUCACAAGAUGGUUUGGUGAACCGAUCAAAGUCAUCGUGAUCCCCACUUCAAUAUUCCUUACAAACAAAAAAGGCUUCCCUGUACUUUCACUUGCACAUCAAGCUUUCAUAAGACGCUGUGCUUAUUUUGGUUAUCAGAUGCUUCUGAAUGGAAACAGCAAGCACAGUUCGAUCAAACAUUAUUUGCAAUAUCUCAACCAUCUUUACCAGACAUCGACUCAACAUGAAAACACAGCCCCUUAUUCUAAAGGAUUUGAAGAUCAUUUGCAAAUACCCUUGCAGCCGUUGAUGGACAAUUUAGAAUCUAGUACUUACGAAGUUUUUGAAAGGGAUCCAGUGAAGUACACAGAAUACAAGCGAGCAAUAUUUAAAGCACUUCAGGAUCGGGUACCUGAUAACGAAGCAAGUACAAAUGUUCAAGUUGUGAUGGUGGUUGGAGCUGGAAGAGGGCCUCUUGUGAAUGCAGCCCUUGAAGCAGCAGUCAAAGCAGAACGGAAGAUUAGAUGCUAUGCUGUUGAAAAGAAUCCAAACGCUUUAGUGACCUUGUUUUCACUCAAAGCUGAAGAGUGGGGCGAGAAGGUCGAAGUGGUCGGGAGUGACAUGAGGGUCUGGGAAGCACCUGAAAAAUGUGAUAUUCUAGUAUCAGAGCUACUAGGCUCUUUCGGAGACAAUGAACUCUCUCCUGAAUGCCUUGACGGCGCUCAGAAAUUUCUCAAGGAUGACGGGAUAAGCAUACCUUGUAAGUACACAUCUUACUUGUGUCCGACACAAUCAUCAAAGCUUUUCAAUGAGGCCAGGGCGACGAACACUGGUGAUAAACCACAAAUUGCAAAAUUUGAGAUGCCAUAUGUUGUCUACCAAGUCAAUACAUACACCAUCGCUCCUGCUAAGUCAUUGUUUACAUUUAUACAUCCUAAUAAAGACAAAAAUCAAGACAAUAGACGAUACGGCAUACUCAAGUUUCAUGUGGAACAAGACUCAGUCCUAAACGGCUUCUCAGGUUAUUUUGACACUGUAUUGUACAAAGACGUAACACUCAGCAUAGUGCCCCACAGUUACUCGACAGGAAUGUUUAGCUGGUUCCCGAUAUUUUUCCCGUUAAAGGAACCGGUCAAAUUGAAGAAAGGAGAUGAACUUGAAGUUCAUUUUUGGAGGCUGUGUGACAAAAAAUCAGUUUGGUAUGAGUGGAGCAUUACCAAACCUGUAAUCGUACCUGUACAUAACCCAAAUGGCAGAUCCUACAACAUCGGUUUAUUAUAAUGAUAAACAAACAUUUAAAAAACAUGAAUUUAAGCAACAUUCCCCUAUUAAUAGGAGAUUACAUUUUCAAAUCACAAUAUUUUUUUGAGAAUUCUAUUUUCAUACACAAAUUGAUCAAAUUGUGUGAGACAAAUCUUUUACCGAUUUCUAUCUCUAGAUUUUAAUAUAUAUACAUGAAUUGUAAAGUACUGUUGUUUGUAAAUAAAAAAAAAUCAUUUAAAACUUUUAAUCUUAAAUUUUUGAUCUAAUAUUCGAGUCAAAAUUGUCCCUCCAUUUUAUAUUUUCCUGUUGAAAAAAAAAAAAAAAAAAUUGUAAGAACGUUUAUGUUCCUUGUUUAAACUAAAACCUACUUUUAUGAAACUAAAUUGAUUGUUGCAUAUUGCAGUUUAUAUUGUAAGAUGCCAAAACUAUAGUUUUUUUUUUCCUCUCAGUCUAUUAUCAAAUAAAAAAAGUACUGUUUUUUAA